AUUUAGUACUGUACGCUAACAAUAGAACUGAGUUUACUUGUCUGUCUUUGUUACUCGCUCUAGAAUUCGAGUGAAAUUAAUUUGGUUAUUUAUUAAUUGAUAUUGAUUGAUGACACUGUAUUCAACUAGAAGAGGUUGUUGACACGCCAGAAUAGUCUAAACUGAGAAAAUGAACAUAAAAUUAGAGCCAGAAAAUGAAUAUUCAGGAUUUACGUUUAACCGAGGUGAUGAAAAGUUUGAAGUUUUAAAUAAUUUCAAGAAAGAAUUCAAUGCGGAUACCGAAAAAUUUUGUAGAGGAAUUAAAUCAGAACCUCUAGAACAUGAAAAUAUACAGGAAUACGCUACGCAUAAUACAACGCAGGAAAAUCAUAACAGUGAAGAUAUUAUUAUUACUCCAUCAAUAAUCGCAACACAGAAUGAUGAUAAUACAACGCAGGAGAAUCAUAACAGCGAAGAUAUUAUUAUUACUCCAUCAAUAAUCGCAACACAGAAUGAUGAUAAUACAACGCAGGAGAAUCAUAACAGCGAAGAUAUUAUUAUUACUCCAUCAAUAAUCGCAACACAGAAUGAUAAUUUAACAGAACUUUCGGAUACUCCAGUACAGACGCGACGCAGCCUUCACCCUAAACGAAGUCGAGUGGAUCAAAAAUCGUUGACUAACGAAAUUUUAUUAACUGUGAAUGAUCACUUUAAGAAACCACACGUUCGAGAUGAUCGUUUCGAUAUUUUUGGAAAAAAUGUUGCAAUGAAAUUGCGUGGACUCCCAAAGCAACAAAUGCUGAUUGCCGAAAAGCUAAUAAACGAAACUUUGUUUCAAGCGGAAAUGGGAAAUUUAAAUUGUUCGCAUAAAUUGAUGUAUGAACAGCCACACUUGCCACAUCAAUUUAUUCGCUAUCAACCACCAAUUUCUACCGGUUUCGGUAUUAUUAAUCCCUCUUCCAGCACUUUCGUUGAACAUUAUCAGGAGUAAAAAUAAUAUCAGAAAAGAUAAUCUUAAUUAAUGAUCACCAUGUUAAAAUGACAUAGUUUCAUUUGUUUUAAAUUUUAAUUAUGUCAUUCUACUUUCUGAUAUUGUAAUUUGUAUAUGUUUAUAUGUAAUAUGACAUUUUUGUACCUUAUGACAAUAAAAAUCUAUUAAAAAGAAGUGUUUGUUCUUACCUUUAAAUAAUCUUUUUGAAGGACUUCGUAAAUAGCAUCACAUGUUUCAGGUAUGAUAUAGCCAAGGGCUUGAGGUGAUAUUAAUGUUGAAAAUUUGA